UGUUUCUAGUCGGACGAUUAAAGGGACGGAACCCAAACAGCCACGUAGUAAAAGGCGAAGCUGUUAAAAGGUGAACAUAUUCGCUCUUUGUAACGUUUUAUCGACGUUGUCAUUUCCUGAAUUGGACAUUAAUUUCUGUAGCGCGCUUUCGUGACAUGUCGGACAUGAUUCCUGCUUCCUUGUCUCCUGGAAUGGUUCAGUGAGACAUUCUUUUCCAGAGUUCCGCCCGUGACACCGACUCGACUCGAGGCAAAUGGACGCCACGCCGUUAGAAACCGUUCAAGUCGAAGCCAGUGUUUUCCAGAAGGAACAAAUAAUUAACGGUAAAGAUGCCGGUGGUCACGGUGCGGGAGGCGGGACAGAACUGGACCACAAUGGACCGAAACAUUUGGAUCAAUUCCGGGGGAACGUUUCUAACGGUCCCGUCGGUUUGACCGAAGUCCCGAACGGAGACGGGCCGGCACGGGGCGCCUAUCCGGCGCAGGGACCUCGCACGAGUGAGGGCAGCAACAUGCAGCACGUCGCCCCCCGGAGUCAGGAGCCCCCCCCAGGUGCGGCUGCACAUCCACCCGUGACACUAGAGCUGCCUGAGGGCGCUAGUGCUGAGCUUGCGGGUCACACGGGCGACGCACUGCAGUCGCUCAAACUCAGUGUUAUCCCAUGGCGGGAGAAGAAAUUGUCCAACCAGAACCCAUCGCUGGAGAUGGAAAACGAAGAGAAGAUUCGCCUGGAGGCGCGGCGCCGUCUGGAGGAGCAACUCAGACAGUACAGAGUGCAGAGGCACAAGGAGAGGUCCCAUCGCACCUCCUCUAAAAUCCGACCUUCAAGCACCUUGGAUCCAGAACUCAUGCUCCAUCCUGACGUCCUGCCUCGGGCCAGUGCCGUCUCCAUGACAACGGAGUAUUCCUUCAUGAGGACUAGUGUCCCACGCGGUCCCAAAGUGGGAAGUUUGGGAAUUCCUCCUCCCAAACAGAGGAGGUCCACGUCGUCUCGCCAGAACAAGAUUCACUCGCUGGCCGACUACAAGUCUCCUGAGAGUGACGGAGGAGGAGGUGGGGGGAGGACGUUGGACAACACCGUCAACUCCGUGUCCACGGUGUCGGAGGUCAGUGUGAUGUCGGAGGGCAGCACCUGCGAGGUGGAUGCACAGCCGGCGGCCUCGCUCCAGAUCGGCGACAACGUCUCGGAGGUCGACGGCAGCGAAUCGGGAGUGCGGCUGGGAAAUGACGGCAACGACAGCGACAGUUCCUCGAUCAGCAGCGCGUCCGUCCGCGGCUCGUACGGAACGCUGUCGGCGGUGAUGGAGCGACAGCGAGGCCCCUACACGGUGGAGGGGCGGGAGAUUGCCGCGGAGGCCAUCGGUCAGUUCCCCUCCCUGCAUGAACUGUUGAAGAAGGUCAGCGAGGAGCAGCAGCAGCACCAGGAGGAGGCGCCAGAACCUCGCAGCCGCAGGGACAGUUUCUCCAGCAGUGUGUCUCUGGAGAGCUCAGUGAUGGGCCACGAUGAAAUGCUCCAGGUGCUGAAGGAAAAGAUGAGGCUCGAGGGCCAGCUGGAGUCCCUGUCGUCUGAAGCUAACCAGGCUCUCAAGGAGAAGACGGAGCUCCAGGCCCAGCUGGCCACGAUCAACGCUCAGUUGCAGGCCAUGACGGAGGAGGCUCAGGUGAGCCAGGAGAGGCGGAGCGUCCUGAGCUCGGAGGUCAGCACGCUGCGGCAGAGCUGCAACCAACUGGAGAAGUCCAUGAUGGAGCUGCAGGGCAACCUGGAAACCAAGAACGCCAGUCUGGCCUCUCUGGGCAACGACCUGAAAGUGGCAGAAGAGCAGUACAACCGGCUGAUGGCGAAGGUGGAGGAGAUGCAGAACACGGUCAGCACGCGGGACAACACCGUUCAGGAUCUGCGCCAGCAGAUGGCGACUCUCCAGAACCAGUACCAACAGGUUCAGCUGGAGCGCAGCACGCUGCAGAGCCGACUGAAGACGUCCCAGGCUGAGAUUGAGUCCCUGCAGCAGGUCAGGCAGUGGUACCAGCAGCAGCUGGGCCUGGCUCAGGAGGCCAGGGUUCGUCUGCAGAACCAAAUGGCCAACAUGCAGGCCGGACAGAUGACGCAGAUCGGCGUUGUGGAACAUCUGAAGCUGGAGAACGUCACGCUGUCGCACCAGCUCACAGAAACACAGCACCGCUCCAUCAAGGAAAAAGAACGAAUCGCUGUUCAGCUGCAGGGCAUUGAGGCCGACAUGCUAACCCAGGAAGCAGCCUACAAGCAUAUCCAGGACGCAAAGUCCAUGGUGGAAGAGGACCUGCAGCACAAGCUGGAGGAGUUCGAGGAGGAGCGAGAGCGCCUCCUCCAGUUAGCCAACGCAGCCAGCACUAUGGAGAGGGAGCUGGAGCAGGCCAAGUUGAGCGUCUCCCAGAAGGAGGCGCAGCUGCAGUCGCUCCAGAGGGAGCACCUGGAGCUGAUGCGUCAGCUGACCAACACUCAGGAGAACCUUCAGACCAAAGAGCAGUCCAUCAACCAGCUGGAGGCCCGUUACCUGGAGCUGGAGAGCCAGCUGGAGGAGCUGCAGGGCGAGGGCCGCGCCAAAGACGACAGCAUCCAGUACCUCCAGAACGAGAAGAUCGUACUGGAGGUGGCGCUGCAGGCGGCGCGGGCCGACAAGAGGCAGCUGGACGAGGGCGCCGAGCAGCUGGGAGAAGAUGUCCUGCUGUCCUCCGAUGUCUUGGAUCAGCUCAGACAGGAAGUCCAGGUCAAGGCCGGUCAGAUCGAUGCUCUUCAACAGGAGAACAACGUUCUGAAGAAACAGACGCAGAAGUUGAAGGAACAGUUUCAACAGCAGAAGGUCAUGGUGGAAGCGUACCGCCGCGACGCCAGCUCCAAAGACCAGCUGAUUAGUGAACUGAAGACCACCAAAAAAAGACUGCUGGCAGAGGUGAAGGAGCUCAAGCAGGAGCUGCAGGGAGUCCAGCAGGAGAGGCAGAAGUCGGAGCUGGAGCAGGAGAGGCUGAAGAAGGAGCUCCUGAGGGUGCAGGAGCAGAUGGGUCAGAUGGAGGCCCAUCUGCAGUCCAUACAGGACGAGCGGCUCCAGCUGGAGACCCACCUCCAGUCUAUACAGUUUGACCAGAGCCAGCUCACCGCGGUGACGGAGGAGAACGAGGGCCUGAGGAAACAGGUGGAGCAGAUGGAGGCAGAAGCCAAGAAGGCUAUAUCAGAGCAGAAGGUCAACAUGAGGCGCCUGGGCACCGACCUGACCAGCGCUCAGAAGGAGAUGAAGGCCAAGCACAAGGCCUACGAGAACGCCGUGGGCAUCCUCAGCAGGAGGCUGCAGGAGGCGCUGAGCGACAAGGAGGUGACCGAGGCCGAGCUGGUCAAGCUGAAGAGCCAGGUGUCGGACGGAGGACAGACGCAGGCCUUACAGGAGAGGAUCAAGGCCCUGCAGGAGGAGCUGCGGGCUGUGACCAAGAGCAAGACCCUGCUGGAGAAGGAGCUGCAGGAAGUCAUCACCCUGACCUCCACGGAACUGGAGGAGUACCAGGAGAGAGUCCUGGAGCUGGAGGACGAGCUUCAAGAAUCGCGGAACUUCAAGAAGAGGAUCAAAAAGCUGGAAGAUGCCAACAAGAAGCUGGUGCUGGAGCUGGAGCAUGAAAAGGGGAAACUGGCAGGAUUGGCUCAGUCCCACAAUGCACUGCGUGAGCACUCUAACGUCGUGGAGGCCGCGCUGGCCAAGAGAGAGUCCGAUCUGGUCCAACUCAACUUACAGGUUCAAGCGGUGUUAAAGCGUAAAGAGGAGGAGGACCAGCAGAUGAAGCAGGUGGUCCAGACUCUGCAGCUGGCCUUGGAGAAAGAAAAGAGCAAAGUGAAGGACCUGAAAGAGCAGGUGGCGACGGUGAAGGCUGAUGCCGCUCACAGCAGGAGGCACUACAGGGCGGCCAUGCUGGAGCUGUCGGAGAUCAAGAAGGACCUGCAGACCAAAGACGACCUGGUCAGAGCGCUGCAGAUCGAGGCGCAGCAGCUACAGGCUCAGGAUGAGCAGCACGCUCAGGAGGUUUCCCGGUUCCAGGAGGAACUGGCCAAGGCUCACUUCCAGCUCCAGGUGCUCCAGAAACAGCUGGAAGAAGAACUGGCCAAGCAGCCGCUCACCCACCAAGAGGUGGAGGACCUGAAGUGGGAGCUGGAGCAGAAGCAGAGGGAGCUGGAGGCUCAGAGGCAGCAGGUGGAGAUGGUGGAGCAGUGUCAUCACAGGAAGCUGGACAACCUCCAGACAGCCCUGCAGAACAUCAAGGUGGAGCUGGAGUCGGUGCAGGAGGAGCUGAGCAGCACCAGGAAGGACAAGUUCAUGCUGCAGGCUAAAGUGAGUGAACUGCGGAACAGCAUGAAGACCGUUCUGCUGCAGAACCAGCAGCUGAAGCAGGAACUGAAACAGAACCGAGUAAGGAAGCGUAUGGAGUUGAAGAGUGAGGGGAACCAGUCCAACCCAGUGACACCGGUCAGGAUCCCAGACUGUCCAGUUCCUGCCUCUCUGCUGGACGAACUACUGAAACCGUCAACUUCAGUCAACAAGGAGCCGCUGAACAACCUGCACAACUGUCUGCGGCAACUCAAGGAGGAGAUGGACAGUCUCCAGAGGCAGAUGGAGGAACACACAAUAACCGUCCACCAGUCGGUCAGCUCAUUGACUAACACAGAACUGGAGCUGCAGAACAGCGUCACCAAAUCAUCCAUCCCUCUGAAGAACGCCGGGCUGGAGGACGAGGAGGAGGAAGAGCAAGAGCAGUGCUCCUAAAAGAAGAACUUUUCUGUCCAGCCACCAGAGGGAGCGUGGACUUUUACUCACUGAGGCACUUUUUUUAAGUCCCACGUCUCUUCCUCUUUUGAAUUUGCUGCCAACAUUUGGCAUUUUCCCAUCAGGCACUGGGGUGCUGUCAGAGUAAAACCCGGCUGUGUUUGUUUGUUUGUUCUGCUGUGUGUGGAGGUUGUUUAUAGCUUUCUUUAUUUAUUUACAGGUGGAGAACGGACAGUUCUCACCUGCAGUCUUUACAAUAACCCUCCAUCACACACAUACGCACACAUGCAGGUACGACUAACGAGUGUUAGCGCCACACUGAGGGAAAAAAAUGACAUGACAAAAGCUGCAGGUUAAAAAAAAAUUGAGAUUUUUAAUCCCAUAAAUCUUUAUUUUAUUCCAGUGUCACUUCCAUAAACUGAUGUUUUUUGUUUUGUUUUUUCACAAAAAUGAACUUUGCUUUUUUGUAACAUCACUAACGACUAAUGAUUCCCUUUAACAUUCUACUACUUCCUCAUAUCAGUGCGAGCAGCUUUUACUCUCAGAAACAUACGACGUACAAUAUAAUUUUUUCCCCUUAAUUUUUAGUUUUAAAACUCAGACAUUUUUUUCCUCCUCUCGUUGAUUAGUUUGUUAAAAAAAAAAGAACACAAACAGCAGAUGUGAAGUCGUGCCUGUUGUUCAAGUGAAGCGGUUUAUUCAACUGACUUGCUAAUGCUAACGCUAACUACCCACCACUGUGUCUGAGAAGCCUGUGAUGACUCGUCAAACGCUAACGGUUUCCCCGUAGUGUUUAUGGGAUGGUCUCCACAAUAUCAGUCACUCAGUUCUGGAACAAUUUUCAUCUCGCAAGAGUCCAGAACUUUUUUUUUCUUUCGUUUUUUCACUGGCACGGACUGCAGUGAUUUGCACGCAAUAAAGCCUUAAGUAUCGUUAACCCGUCGUUGAGGGAUCGAAGUUGACGAACGGCGCGUUUCUGUGGAGACUGUGUGCAAGGUGUAAAAUGUUGUACUGUUUAUAUAUAUAUAUAUAUAUGUGAUAUUUCUGAUGAAUGGCUAGUUGCGAGGCUAACUGAUCACUAACUGAGGUGGAUCGAUGAUUGACAGAGAUUUUUAUUCCUUCAUUUGGUACAUGCCUGUAUUUACAAAGA